AUGUCGUGCCAGCAAAGUCCGUUGCGACCGCAACGUUCCUGUGGGAAUUGCGUUAAACGAAACUUUACCUGUUCAUACGGUCGCCCGUCAUCCAACAAGUAUUCGAUCCCGACGAUCUCUCUCAAUAAUCCACCAUCUGCGCCGUCACAGCCUUCCUUCGUCUCGCCCGCCGGCACGUCAUCGUUCCCAUACCCCACACAGCAUGCCUCUUCCGCUGUCGAUCACCCCUCCGGAAUGAGUGAUGAGCCUGACUCAGACCUACCGGAGAUAAUAGAUAUCUCCCAGGCUGAGUGGGAUGAGAUAAACAAUAAGAUGGUGGCCAUGGAAGGUAUCCUCGGUAGUCUCUCGUCGCUUUUCAAUUCUCAUUCGUCCCGUAAACGAAGCGAGGAUCAGGGAAUGGAUCGCAAGGAUUCUAUCCGGUCGGAAGGUGUUUACGGAUCGAACGUGCUGAAGACUGGUGCCGUCCAUCUCGGUUCUCGUUCCGCCUUGGUGGAUAUUUUGGACAAAUCCAAGGGUUCGGAGGAUGCAGCGCAGGCGCUGCCACAGGAGGAUCUUCUGGCCGAAUUAGCACUGGGCAAUGAGUCUGUUGCAUAUCCCUUUGUGGAUCUUUGGUCAUCCGAUCCCUAUACUUUCAAUAUUGCGGGAGUGUGUGCGGUUCUUCCAGAUGAUGCACAAUGUCGAAGAUUCGUGCAAUUCUAUAAAGAUAUCGGUGCGGUGUUGUACCCUGUACUACCUGAUCUCAACGAACUUGACCGAAAAACAGACCGGUUACUUCUGGGAAGACAGCGGGCCGGUGGUAUCUAUAAGCCGGAUGCCAACGGAUUAGUCAAGCCGUUUGGGAUGGAUUUGCACUUCCUCAGCUUGCUUUUUGCGAUACUUGCCUCUGGGUGCCAAUUGUCAGAUCUCCCGGAGCGGGAUCGUGAGCUGACAUCAUGGGUAUAUGUAUCUUGCGCGUACCAGUGUCUGCGAAUGUUGAAUUACGUCUCGCAACCUACAGUAGAGGUUAUACAGAUUCUCCUCAUUAUCAGCAAUGUUUUGUCAUACAACAUGAAUGCUGGCGCAUCCUACACCUUACUGGGAAUGACGGAGCGAAUGUGUCUGGUUCUUGGACUCCACGUGGAAACCACAGGGUUUUCACUUGAGGAACAAGCUUUGCGAAGGCGCGUAUGGUGGGCAAUGGCAUUCCAGAAUAGCCACUUUUCACUUGCUUAUGAUCGACCUUCUAUUACUAUGGUCAGCCAACCAGAGAUUCCCUUUGAUCGUAAAUCGAUGCCAGGACAUCGUACCUACUUUGAAACCUUGUGCCGCGUGGUGUCUCUUGCAUUGGAAGUGUUACGAUCACGAAUGCAUCCGAACUCCUCUCAGCCGCCAUUUCACGAGAUUCAAGAGUACAAGCAUCGAAUCCAGCGUAUGCUUGCAGAGGCCACACCACAUCUGCGACAUCGAGAAAACUGCGUCUCCUUGUCAGAGCAUAUCGAACGAACAGAGCUCCGUCUACACUCUUCAUACCUCCUUUCAGUGUUAUGUCGUGUCUCACUAGACUCCCAUGCGCAUUUAGAUCACCAUCGUCGAGCUUUGAUUCGGGAGGAUUGUAUUAGCAGUUUGAUUGAGACGGUUGACGCAUUUGUGGAAUUGCAUGAAAUCAACUCGCACUGCUCUCGAUCUUGGAUUAGUUUGCAAAGAUCAAUUGCUUCGGCUUUCUUGCUAGUCACGAAUGACGAUGGCCCGCGAACGUGGGAGCUCAUUGAUCGACUGGAAAAAGUUCUAGUCGCACAUGUAUACGCAGACGGGGACGCGGACCUUAAUAAUCGCACCGACUCUGCGAAACAUCUUGCCUCUUCUCUUCGUGCUUUGCGUGAAAUUCGGGAAGCGUUCCGUGCGCGCAAACCUGCGCCGUCGACCGCGACAUCGCGUCAACCUCAGUCCUUCUCCCCACUUAUCAUGCCAUCUCCUCCGUCGGUUGAUACCACCCCCGAAUUGCCCACCAACUUCGCACUUUCUGGUUCCGCACUUCCUAUGGACGAUUGGAGUAUGCGCAAUAUUUUAGGCCGUGUUUCUGAUGUCAUGUUGUUCCCGAGUAUGAGUGGACAGAGUCCAGCGGUUUAG